AUGAGGAUACCUCCCCUCGAGGUCAUUGCCAGCUGGCCAAAGCCCAACUACAUUAACCCGGAGUCGAGGGCGCCUGUCGGGCGAGUCGUCGGGUCGUCACUCUUAAUAAUUGUCACCCUCAUUUUGCUUAUUCGACUAUACUCGCGCAAACAACUAACUAAGGGAUGUGGCCUUGACGACGCACUGAUUUGCUUAGCAUAUUUACCCGCGACAGCAUUCACCGUCACUGGAAUUAUCACACAAGAAGAUUUCCAAUGGGGCCGCCAUAUAUGGGACGUCGAACCCAAAUUCUACAGAUCGAAUCUCGUCCUUACGUUGGUGCACCUAUUCUUAUUUGACUUGGCAACAAGCCUUACCAAGCUAUCCAUGCUCGCAAUGGUCCGACGUUUAACGACAGCCUCGAAUAACAAAGUCGAGAACGCCAUUGUCUUAGCCCUGGCAGUAUUGAUCACCACCAACUGCUUCAUCUUCAUCAUGGUAGAAACGUUCCAGUGCCGGCCGGUAUCAUAUGGCUGGACUUUACACAGAGCGCAGGGUAACUGUAUUAACGAGGAGGCUCACAUCUUCUCCGCGGGCAUCAUCAACACGGUCACGGAUUUCGCUGUAGUGCUACUUCCUAUCCGGACGGCAAUGAGAAUACAGCUGUCGCCCAGACAGCGGGUCAUCGUGGCUAGUCUCUUUGGUAUCGGGCUAGUCGCGAGCGCCGCAGGUAUUGCAAGGACCGUUUUCACAUGGCUCUUGCUAAAUGCGUCGGACUAUGAUGAGACGUGGAGGUCAUGGUACGUAUGGCUCACCAGCCUCAUAGAACUUCACCUAGGGAUCAUAUGCGCCUCUGCCCCGGCUACAAAGCCUUUCUUUACCCAGAAGCGACGCGAGGCAUCCCGCGUGCUACCUUCACAUUUCCCGCCGCCCCCGUUGUAUGGAGAGGAGGACAGCUUAGGAAUGCAUUCGCUGCUCAACACCGGCAAGGACACGUCCUUCCGAGGUUCCUCUGCCUCAUUUGCGGACACAAGUACUACACAUUCACCGCAUCAGAGCCGUCACGUAUAUAUGUCGCCCGGCCCCUCUCGCCAGGUUUGA